UUUUCAACAGGAACCCAGAUGUGUUGGAGCCCUUUGGGGGAGGAGCCUGGAAAUGCCUAUAUAACCCCAGCGGAGGCUCUUCUCAGCUUCACCCUGCAGCCGGAGGAGAGCAGCCGUCCCCAUCAUGUCGUACUAUGAGCACAUCGUCUUGGACUACGACUACAACGACACGGGCUCUGGUUCUGGGUCCGGGUCCGGGUUCCUGGGGGUCGAUCUGGAGGAGCCGUGCGACGUGGAGCACGUCAUGUCGGCCGAGCUGCAGCAGGUCUUCCUGCCCGUGGUCUACGCGCUCAUCUUCACCCUGGGCAUCACCGGGAACGGCCUGGUGGUCAUAGUGCUGGGCUGCCAGCGCAGAUCGAAACGCAGCCUCACCGACUGCUAUCGCCUGCACCUCUCGGCCGCCGACCUGCUGUUCGUCCUGGCGCUGCCGUUCUGGGCGGUGGACGCGGCGCUGGCCGACUGGCGCUUCGGAGCAGCCGCCUGCGUCGGCGUGCACGUGAUCUACACGGUCAACCUGUACGGCAGCGUGCUCAUCCUGGCGUUCAUCAGCCUGGACCGCUACUUGGCGGUGGUUCGAGCGACGGACACGAACACCGGCGGUCUGAGGCAGCUCCUGGCGUACAGGCUGGUGUAUGUAGGUGCCUGGCUGCCUGCUGGUCUGUUGGCCGUGCCGGAUUUGAUAUUUGCUCGGACUCAGGAGGGAGGCGAGGGUUCCACGCUCUGCCAGAGAUUCUACCCGGCGGACAACGCUCCGCUUUGGGUCGCCGUCUUCCACCUGCAGCUGGUGCUGGUGGGCCUGGUGAUCCCCGGCCUGGUUCUCCUGGUGUGCUACUGCGUCAUCGUCACCAGGCUGACCCGCGGCCCUCUGGGGGGGCAGAGGCAGAAGCGGCGGGCCGUCAGGACCACCAUCGCGUUGGUGCUCUGCUUCUUCGUGUGCUGGCUCCCCUACGGAGCGGGCAUCUCUGUGGACGCCCUGCUGCGGCUGGAGGUCCUGCCCCGGAGCUGCAGGCUGGAGGCCGCUCUCGGCGUGUGGCUGGCGGUGGCUGAGCCAAUGGCGUUCGCUCACUGCUGCCUCAACCCGCUGCUGUACGCCUUUCUCGGGGCGGGCUUCAAGAGUUCGGCCCGCAGGGCGCUCACUCUGAGCCGGGCCUCCAGCCUGAAGAUGUUACCUCGGAGACGCCCCGGCGCCUCCACCACCACAGAGUCCGAGUCCUCCAGUUUACAUUCCAGCUAGUGUUUGCUUGUCUUGCCAGUGUAUGUGUGUGUUAUGUAUAUAUUGUAUAUUUAGUAUGUAUAAAUAUGUAUAUAUGAUUAAUCUUACACAAAGUAUGUGAGAGAGACUUGCUGGCUCAAGACUCUUUUAUUAAUAGUAGCAAUUUGCUGUUGUGCUUAUAUACUGUUGCGGAUGUUUGGAAUAAAAUACA